GUAACGGAAGCGCAUAUCCAACCGCUGACUCUAAAGUAAAAUCAACUUCACCGCGGUUUUCUAGUGUGUAUCUCCUCUACACUGAGGAAGUGCAGUUGCGCAAAUAAGGAAGUCAAUUCAGCCGUAGCCUCUGGACAUGGGCCCUCUACUGCUUGGAUGCCAAUACAGGCAGAACAACAUAUCCAUGGUACUAUCAAAUCUGGUUCUCGACGUCGAUGAUUUCAGCUCUGUGAUCUGCCCAGAGUUGAAGAAUAUGAAGAAACCCAUUUUGCUUAACAAACUCACAAUAAUAGGCCAAAUAGCUUUUAUUAUUAUUACUGAUAGCCUAAAUUGAUGACUUGACCAUCUCCUCCGUGGAGACCCCUUGUGGUACAACAAACUCAAAGUUAUAUUUAAAAUUUUAAUCUGUGACUGGUCUUAUUUUAGGCAUAGGCCAUUCAUUUACACAUUAUGAUAAGACUUGAUAAGAUGGCUCUAUUUUAACCAUUUUCUCCAAGUCAGUACUUUUAAUGGGCCUCUUUUCACCAGUAGCCUAUAGAUUAUAUUCAGGUGUUCCACUAGAUAUGCCUUUAUAAUACUAGUCUAUGUACUAACACAGAUUUAUCCUUUAUUUCCAGAUUUUCAGACUCAGCCAGGUCAAGCAGGAGGUUCUGAGGGCGAAGUGGCAGCAACAGAUUGAAUGGGUGCACGUGAGGGCCACAUGCAUUGUGUCAGGACCAAUAUAUUCCUCAUCAGCUUGAUUAGGACUUGAUUGAAGGAUUUUGCAUGUUUUAGGUUGCAGCAUUAACUAGCUAUCUGCCAGUGUUACUUGUAUUAGGUUGUUUCAUUGUUUCUUUUAAUUAUAAUAAGCUGCUGCAGAUACUAUGGCAUGCAGGCCAAAGGUCAUAAAAUGAUAAAUGAUACGGUGAAUACUCCACCUUUGCAGCUAAGGCAGCAGCCUCUCCUCAGUAACAUACAUUUCGUGUCUAUAGACGUUUUAGUGACUAAAGAUGCUCCGUGGUCCUGGACCGGACUGGACUUAGACGACAUGACGUCAGUGUCUGUAGCGGAGGACGGGUGGAGGCGCGAGGGGACGCACGCCGCGGCGGAGGAAGGAAAAACAUUGCACGCUGUCGAGCGGGGUCACGAACUAUGACCUUUAACAGAAGAAAAACAAAAGAAAUACUUUGUAAUUCAAAAGUGGCAAGUCAUUCUGCAAACGCCAUUCAACAGAGGCCUCACUAAUGACCUUCCAUAAUCAUGACGACCAAUCUGAACCUGCUUGCUCAGCAGAAAGUUGUGUCCGAGCAGGCAGCUGAGAUUAUUUCCACAGAUUCCUCAACACCUCCAAGAAUACAGAUUGUAACUGACCAGCAGACAGGUCAGAAGAUUCAGAUAGUGACAGCCAUGAACCCGUCCACUGCUCCCAAACCACAGUUUAUUCUCACCACAGCCGACAGCUCCGGAGCAGGCAAGGUUAUCCUGGCCUCACCUGACUCCCACAAUGCCAAACAACUAAUUUUCACUGCAGCAGACAGCCUGAUGCCAGGACGAAUACAGAUUGUGACAGAUCCUGUGUCGAUGGAGCGAUUGCUUGGCCAGUCGGCUGAUUUGAGCCGAGCCCAACCAGUGGAGUACUGUGUGGUGUGUGGAGACAAAGCAUCUGGCCGUCACUAUGGAGCUGUGAGCUGUGAAGGCUGUAAGGGCUUUUUCAAACGCAGUGUCCGGAAGAACUUGACCUAUAGCUGCCGCAGUAAACAGGACUGUGUCAUAAACAAGCAUCAUCGCAACCGCUGCCAGUUCUGCCGGCUAAGAAAAUGCCUUAAGAUGGGGAUGAAGACAGAGUAUGUCCGUUACAAUCUUACAGCUGUGCAGAGUGAAAGGAAACCCAUUGAAAUCUUACCCAGAGAGAAACAUGGCAACUGUGCAGCCUCCACACACAAAAUCUACAUUCGAAAGGAUCUGAAUAGUCCACUAAUUGCUACACCAACCUUUAUUUCUGACACAGAAACUGAUGGCUCCAGGUCCAGUCUGAUUGAUCAGGGGAUGUUGGUGAACAUUCAGCAGCCAGUCAUUCAAGCUGAUGGCACACUACUACUCGCAACUGACCCCAAGUUAGAGUCUGGACAGGGUGACUUGGGGACAUUAGCCAAUGUGGUCACGUCAUUGGCAAAUCUUAGUGAUUCGCUAAGAGAAAACCUGAACAAUGGUGAUACCUCUGACAGCCUCAAUGAAGAGCAGUCCGCCAGUGAUAUUACACGUGCCUUUGAUACCUUGGCCAAAGUUUUACAUCCAGAUGAAGAAGAAAUGGGACAUACUGUGGAAGGAAAACUUACCAGUGGAACUAUACAACUGAUUGGACGGGACCAAGAGACUCCCAUCAUUGAGGUGGAGGGACCACUGCUCACAGACAACCACAUUGGUUUUAAGCUGACCAUGCCCAGUCCCAUGCCUGAUUAUCUGAAUGUACAUUACAUCUGUGAGUCUGCAUCAAGGCUGCUCUUCCUCUCAAUGCACUGGGCUCGAUCAAUCCCUGCCUUCUCAGCUCUUGGUCAUGAGGCCAACACCAGUCUGGUCAGGGCAUGCUGGAAUGAGCUUUUCACCCUGGGCCUGGCUCAGUGUGCUCACAUUAUGAACUUGUCCACGAUCCUCUCAGCCAUCAUCAACCACCUCCAGGAUGAUAAGCUCUCUGGGGAGAGAGUGAAACAGGUAAUGGAGCACAUCUGGAAGUUUCAGGAGUUCUGUAACAGCAUGACAAGACUGGACACCGACAGUUAUGAAUAUGCCUAUUUAAAGGCUAUAGUGCUCUUUAGCCCUGAUCACCCAGGUGUGGACAGUGGUGGACAGAUUGAAAAGUACCAGGAAAAGGCCUUGAUGGAGCUGCAGGACUAUGUGCAGAAGACAUAUCCAGAUGAUACAUAUCGGUUGACCCGUAUUCUCACACGCCUCCCAGCUCUGCGCCUCAUGAACCCAAGCAUCACAGAGGAGCUGUUUUUUACUGGAUUAAUUGGCAACGUUUCCAUAGACAGCAUCAUUCCCUACAUUCUGAAGAUGGAAACUGCAGAGUACAACAGCCAAGACUCUGAUCCAACAGACUAAGUAAAGCACUUAAUUUCAGGUAUUUCUAUAUUGGAACAUAGUUAUUUGUUCGAUUCAUAACAGUAUCCCAGUGCCCUUCAAGCUGUGCAAAAAAUUCACACGAAAAUCUGGAUUUAUUAUUGUAGAUGACUCCUUGAAUGUUUCUAGUGGUAUACUUAGCUCUGAUGCACUAUAGAUUUUGAUUCCAGUGGCUAUUACAAAAAUGUAAAUGCUAAAAAAACAAGUUACUUUUAAUUUAAUGUGUCUUUAAUGUGUGCACCCCUAAGUAUCACUUAACAGUAGAACCACAGUAGUAACAUGGAAAACUUCAACAGUUCUUUGAAAUGGUUCAUUCCACAAGAUAAAAAAAAAAAAAAGUCAACAAACAAAUGUGAAUUGACCAAGCUUUGUCCGUUUAUUGUCAAAAAGGCUUGAAAAAUGCAGGCUUUAUCAUAAAACCCAACUGCCUUAUACUUUAGAUUUAAUAUGACUUAUUAAUAUGACUGACCUCACUGACGAGAUUUCUUUCCCAUUUAGCUUAACUCAUUUUGGGCUGGCUUUCAGGUUAUUUAUAAGUUUAAAGUGUCCAUAUUUAUCUUAUGACGUGCAAUCACUUGAUCACUUUCCCCAAAGACAAUCGCUUAUUUUCUUUUGUGGCAUCUUUAAUGCAUUUUUGUCAAUUUGUAUUUUUUGUACUAAAUGUAAUUAUUGUAUAACAAUGUUUUGUUGGUAUGAUUUUUCAGAAUCUUAAAGAUUUGGAUACGGUACAUGUAGCGAGGCUACUGUUUUGUACAAUGCUUUUUGUAUCUGCUAAGUGCACAUUAAUCAGCUAUAAUGGCGUUGCUGACUAAAUUUAUGUUUUAUUAAGGACUUCAUUUGUUGAAAACAAAUGCUCAUUUCAUAUGAAGUGUUCUUAUAUAAAAGAUGUUUUGAGGGUAGCUUUUUGACUGUAUUUAUGUCUAGGACUUUAUGGAGAAGGAUCAGGAAGAACAUCUGCAGUAGUUUAACUGAGGAUGUGAAAAGUGAUGUUUGGGAAAAUAAUGACAGGAAUGAGUUUUAAACUUUUUUAUUUAAUAAAUGAAUGGCACUUGUGUAAGACCUACAUGUAUAUCAUCAAAUGAGUGCAUGUUUUAAUGGUGGAUAUUGUUUAUCCAAAUGGAGACAUGGUUAUUAUUUUAUAUUGCAUUGCUGUGCAUGACUUUUAAGCUUAUGUGCAUUUUCAUUAAAUGCUGUAUAAAUUGUUUUUAUUGUUGUGGCUUUAAAAUAUUAAUAAGCAGCUCAAAUUUUAGAACUAUUCUGCUAAGUAUUCUUUUUACAUGCUAAUGUCUGUCAUCUAAACAAAUACAAAUUAGCAGGAAUUGUUUCAUCUUUACAUUUUCUACCUCAUAAAAUAAAAUACAAAACAAAUGUUCACAGAUUGUAGUCAGUGGAUGACUUUCUGUUUCAGACUGGAAAACAACUGCCCUCGAUUAAUUUAAGAUGAAUAAAAGUGUAUUGUAUUUAUA